AUGAAUGAGAUUAAAGCAGAAAUCGAAGAAAGUGAAGAUCAAGAUCAAGUUCAAGAUAAAUAUUAUGCUGAUUUUAUUUCAAUUGGUAACACGCACGAGAUGAAUCAGUUAACCGUAUAUGCAGAUAAUGUUGAAGAUAAGAAAGAUAGUAAAAAUUAUAUUUCAGGAAACUUUACUAUUCUUCUUAAAACAGGUAUUGGAGCAAAGAAGCUUUCAGAUCUUAUUAUUACCACACAACCAAAAUCUAUAGAUAAUUCUACCGAGAAAGACAAGUUCCCAUAUUUGAUUGUAUUCUUAAGUGCAUUUGGUGUUAUCAUCAUUUCCAUUGUUAUCGCGAUCGUUAUUUUUAUCUUUAUUCGACGAAACAACCAAGAUGAUUCUUCAUCUGGCUCUAUUAUCGAAUCAUCUUCAGAUGUUGAAAAUCCUGCUGUUCUUUAA